AUGCCAAAACAAAUUAGUGAUAUUCGUAAAUUUUUAAAAAUUAGUAGGAAGCCUGAUACCACUGCUGUAAUUAUAAUGAAGAAGAAAAGUAAAACAAAGAAAAAUAUGGUGAUAACAAAAUUAAAAUUAAGAACAAAAAAAUAUUUAUACACUAUGGUUUUUUCUGAUCGUAAGAAAGCUGAAAGAAUUGAAAAUUCCUUAUUACCAAGUUUAAAGAGAAUAUAUUAUCCACAAAAAAAAGUAGGAAAAACUGUUAAGAAAUGA